ACCGUAUCCCAGCGGGUCCCGGCUUCCAUACAUGGUCACGGCCCUGCUUCUAACUCCCUGACGUCCCCCCCCCCGUCCCCCCGCCCCCACCGGACACGGCCCCCGCCCUGCUCGCCCCAAGCUGUCCGCCAGCGCACCGCCAUGGAGGACCUGGAUGCCCUGCUCUCUGACCUGGAGACCACCACUUCACACAUGUCACGGUUAGGGGCUCCGAAAGAGCGCCCACCAGAGACACUCACACCUCCCCCACCCUAUGGCCACCAGCAGCAGACGGGGUCUGGAGAAUCUUCAGGAACCUCCGGGGACAAGGAUCAUCUAUACAGAUUCCCUCCUGUCCCUUAGCACAGUAUGCAAGCCCCGGUCCCCAAAGCCGGCGGCGGCGGCCCCUGUGGCUCCUCCAUUCUCCUCUUCCAGUGGCGUCUUGGGCAAUGGGCUCUGUGAGCUGGAUCGUUUGCUUCAGGAACUGAAUGCCACCCAGUUCAACAUCACAGAUGAAAUAAUGUCUCAGUUCCCAUCCAGCAAGAUGGCUGAAGGGGAAGAGAAGGAGGACCAAGCUGAAGACAAGAACACACCCACUGUCCCUCCCAGCCCAUUCCCUGCCCCCUCGAAGCCUUCAGCCACCUCAGCCACUCUGGAGUUGGACAGACUGAUGGCGUCACUCUCUGACUUUCGGGUCCAGAACCAGCUUCCAGCCUCAGGGCCAUCUCAGCCACCAGCGGUGAGCCCCACCCAAGAGGGCUGCCCUUCUCCACCGGGGCAGACCAGCAAGGGCAGUCUGGACACCAUGCUGGGUCUGCUGCAGUCCGACCUCAGUCGCCGUGGUGUUCCUACCCAGGCCAAAGGACUCUGUGGCUCCUGCAAUAAACCCAUUGCUGGGCAAGUGGUUACGGCUCUGGGCAGAGCCUGGCACCCUGAGCACUUCCUCUGCAGCGGCUGUUCCACCACCCUGGGAGGCAGCAGCUUCUUCGAGAAGGACGGGGCUCCCUUUUGCCCCGAGUGCUACUUUGAGCGCUUCUCCCCACGUUGUGGCUUCUGCAACCAACCCAUCCGACACAAAAUGGUGACCGCCUUGGGCACCCACUGGCACCCAGAACAUUUCUGCUGCGUCAGCUGCGGGGAGCCCUUCGGAGAAGAGGGUUUCCACGAGCGGGAGGGCCGCCCCUACUGCCGCCGGGACUUCCUCCAGCUCUUCGCCCCGCGCUGCCAGGGCUGCCAAGGCCCCAUUCUGGAUAACUACAUCUCGGCACUCAGCGCGCUCUGGCACCCAGAUUGCUUCGUCUGCAGGGAAUGCCUCGCGCCCUUCUCCGGAGGCAGCUUUUUUGAGCACGAGGGGCGCCCGCUGUGUGAGAACCAUUUCCAUGCCCAGCGUGGUUCGCUAUGUGCCACGUGUGGCCUCCCAGUGACUGGCCGCUGUGUGUCUGCUCUGGGCCGCCGCUUCCAUCCGGAUCACUUCACCUGCACCUUCUGCCUGCGCCCACUCACCAAAGGCUCCUUCCAGGAGCGUGCCAGCAAGCCUUAUUGCCAGCCUUGCUUCCUGAAGCUCUUCGGCUGACCUCCUUUGGGGAUUAUGGAUCUCCAAAAACCCAAUUGUGAAAAAGACCGAGUCCUCCGGAUCCCUAGCUCUGGAGCCACCCAGACAUCCCUUGCCCCGCCCCCGACUCCCGUCUCCACAGGAGAGCCCUACCCCUAAGGUACUCUAGGUUUGUCAAGUUCAGAAAGGGACCCACACUCCUAAAACACCCAGUAGCCGGGAAUGCAGACCUCACUCUGACCUGAUCCGGUUCUUGUAAUUCCAACCAUUCAGAGGCCAGGAUGUCCCAAGUUCCCCCACCGCUCACCAUUCUGUACACUUUUUUUUCUACAAACAUAAAAACACGCUCCACAUCUCA